GCCAAAUUGUUGUGAUCUAUAUCAACCAGGGAGAUCGAUCAUUGACAUCUGAUAGAUUGGGAAAAAUCAGUGAUCUUCCUCCGAAGGUCUCAAAUAGUAAUCAUGGAUUUACGACUAAUCUCGGUUUUAUGGUUCAAUGGUUUUAUUGUUAAUGCUGUUGUAAGUGUCAGACCGGAAGAGACUCUCCUGAGGGUGCUCACGGAGCCUUUGGGAUUUCCCGGUGAUAAAACAUCCCCGGAGUGCUCCAGGGAUGGCGGAUUGUACGCAGGUGCAUUGCGCAAUUACACACCUUGGGCGCUACAGAUGUACGAUGCGUCAGCGAAGAUCCCGUCUGGCGUAAUAACCGGUAAUUACAAACAGCUCGGUAAUUACGACGAGUGCCUGCGGGUAAAGAGUGAUUACGGAUUUGUGGGUAAAGCGUGCAGCGCAAAAGUUCACUUCACAAUAUCAGAGACAGCCGGAAGAGUAAAUAAAACCCGAGACCUCAGUGACUUGUUGGAGAGUCUAGCCUUGGCAUCUGACGUAAAAAACUGGAAAUCAGGAGCUACUGUUCCCUACGAAUGGUUGUGGUGUGUUCCAUCGUCCUGCGACAAUCAAGACGUUGAGAGGGCGUUGGAGAUGUCACUGGAGCCAUUGCUGUCAGGGAGUCGAAUUAAUUUGACAGUCACCGUUGAGCCCUGUCACACUAUUGACAUCGAUCGUCCUGUGCUCGUUAUUGCCGAUUUGAUUUACAUAUCAAUUCUGGUCCUGUUUGCUAUAAUCGUCAUUGUCAGCACAACUUAUGAUCUGGUUAAGACAACAGAUGCAGAGAAAACGGAUCAUAAUGACACUAAACGGUUGCUAUUGACUUCUUUUUCGCUCUAUACUAAUGGAAAGAGUCUGUUGAAUACGAGGAAUAAUGGAGAUAAUGUCGCCUGUUUGGAUGGAUUGAGAUAUCUCAGUAUUUGUUGGAUUAUUUAUGGUCAUGGGUACUAUCUGCAGGCUGUUGGUGUGCAGUUGGAUGUCAGCAGUAUUCCGACUAUGCACGAGAUUUGGACGAAUCUUCUCGUCCUCAACGGAAAUAUCGUAACAGAUACGUUUUUCCUUCUCGGUGGAAUCCUCCUGACGUACUCCGAGCUCGGACGAAAGGAAAAACAGCCCCACACCUACAAUUUGAAUGUCGGACUACUCUAUUUCCAUCGAUAUCUCAGAUUAACACCGGCUUAUGCAGUGGUAAUCGGUUUCUAUGCCACAUUAUUUUAUAAAAUGGGCAGUGGUCCCCAGUGGAACACCUGGGUGGGGAGUAAUCGGCAGUUCUGCGUCGACAACUGGUGGACAAAUUUGUUGUACAUCAAUAAUUACAUCGAUGUUGGCAACAUGUGCAUGUCUCAGUCGUGGUAUCUCUCAGUGGACAUGCAGCUUGUCUGGAUAUCUCCGAUAUUUCUGUAUCCACUUGUCGUCCUGGGGAUUAAACACAUUGCGUCUGUCAUUGUGCUGUCAGUGGGACUCUUCAUCUCCAUUGUUGCUCCACUCUUGAUCACUUACUUCGAUCGACUCACCGGGACGAUGCUGUAUUAUAAAGAGCAGACCGAAGUAGCCAACGUCUACUUGCAGAUAUAUACACGAGUGUACGCAAGAGCUGGGCCUUACAUCGUGGGACUUAUUCUCGGUUAUGUCCUUCAUAAAUUUCGAAACAACGCCCCGAAGAUAUCUCACAGGUACAUUGUCUUGGGCUGGGUCCUUGCUAUAACAGUGGGUCUUGCUGUAAUUUUCGGCCCCCGAGGGAUGUAUUUCGACGAUUAUAAAUACAACGGAGUCGAAGCUGCUAUUUACGCGGGAUUCCACAGGACUGGAUUUGCGGUUGCUGUUGGAUGGAUUGUAUUUACUACAGUCCUAGGAUAUGCAGGUCCAAUUGGGGUCUUGCUCUCCUGGUCUGGAUGGAUGCCUUUUGGAAAAUUGACGUACUCUGCGUAUUUAACUCAUUACAUCGUCCUCCUCUACAACAACGGAAGCGCCAGAACCUCCGGAAGUCUGAGCACUUUUGGAACGGUGCAUGUGUUCCUCGGUAAUUUGGGACUUACGAUGCUCCUCUCUGUGAUUCUGUUCCUCUGCUUCGAGUUGCCGUUCACUCGAAUGGUUCGACUCUUCACUCGCUCCAGGGAACGUCGAACAUUCAGCAAAGGAUCGUUCAACCCAACGAUCGAUGGAUUCAAAUCGACCAGCGAAAUUUAUCGCUCAAGCGAUGACGUCGUGUCGACAGUCUUCGAGGGUUACGAUAAUAUUUUCGUUCCUUACGUGAGAGAUCCGGUAGUUAGAAUUCCAAAUUCGAUUGAUUCCUGUGAUUAUUUGCAGUCGUCACCGACAGAAGUGCCAAAACGCGACAGGAAUUCGCGUCGUUGUGAUUUUUAUUGAGUCAAAGCUUUUACUGUUGGAGGAUGCUUAUUCUUUUGACCUGCGGUUUUGGGAGAAUGUCCCGGAGACAGACGGACGGGGAAAAAUACGGGAUGAACAAUGAAUUGCGAAUUGAUGAAUGCAGCGUACGCGGAGAGAAAAAUUUAGUAAAAAUUGUUGAGAAAAAGAAAGUAAAAAUAACCAGUAGAACUAGUCCGUGAAAGAAGUGAAGUUCAAUUAAAAAACGAGAGGUGGAAUAUCCUUAUAUAAAAAAUACAUGGAUAUCUCGAAUUGACAUUGAAUAUCGAUAAUCGUUCAACUGCGAUAAUCGAAAGCGACAUCUCUACCAUACAUCGCAUCGUCACCUCAUCACACUAUACUAUACACACAUUUAAUGAGGUCAACGUCCCGGCCGCUUGCGGCCGGGGCGGCGCUAUAGAAGAUGAAAAGGACAAGGGGAAUCGAUCUCGAAAUUUAUCGAUUUUUAUCGAAAUAUAUCGAAAUAUAUCGAAAUAUAUCGAAAUAUCUCGAAUGACCGUAAGACAUGCUACCACCUGCGAGGCACGCGUAGAAGAUCUCGUUGGAAUAGAAAUUAUUCGAAUUGUCACGUGAACUCUACGAUCUCUUUCGUAAAAAAUACCCACUAGUCUGAUGACUCACCGCUGUGUUUACGCCAAGUAGUUCCGUCAUUAUUUCCCCAACGAUUGAAAACUUUUACGGAACAGAACGUACAAGCAACACACGAGCCUCAUAAAAAUUGAACUUCAUGAAUUUUUUAUUUUUCAGGCAAAACAAAUCGAGAAUCAUCUGUAAGAUUUUACUCGUUCGGGUAAAAUUACGUGACAAUUUCGGACUGUUUUCAUUGAUCAACUUGCGAAAAUUCUCAAUGUCGCAAAUUUUCUUCCAUUCUUAAAAAUACUGGUAAAAGAUUCCAUCUCUCGGAUUACGUCAACUGUUCCGUUAUUUUUACUGAAAAUUUCUCCAGAUGCAUUGGGAAUGAUAAUUAAUAGCAGAAGGGCAGUAAUUAGAAUGCAAUUUUUUUUCUGCGAUUAUCAGGAAAAACAUGUGUCAAAUUGCAGUGUCAAAGGAACAGCAAUCACUCCGCGUUAUUUUAGUUACCAGUCAGAAUAUACAACCUAUCUACCUAUUGCCUCUUAAAUUUUUUCUCGCGCCGGUGAAAUUUUUGGAUUUCAAUCCAAAUCAAAUUUCAAAUCCCACAAUAACGUCAGUGAUAACAGAAAUUCGUACUAAACAAUUUAGAAUUGAUUAAAUUAAGGAAUGAUACAACAAAAAUUCUUAUAAAAUUGUGACUUAAUUAUCUAGAAUUCAAAUUAACUUGGGGAUUUGAAACACAAGGAGCACAAACAGAUGAAAAAAUGUCGUCUCUUUAUCGAUGAGAAUAAUCUACAAUUUUAACGACGAUAUUUAUAUUUUUUUAUAAACAAUUAAUUAAAACAAUUAACUAUCCGAUAAUUCCCAUGGAGUCUGUCAAUUUUCCCCACUAAUUUGACAGAUAUCGUUAAAUAAAUAAAUUGUGUUGAUUUAAAGAGGCGAAUUGCAAAGUGACUCGAUUUGGUAAUCUAAUUAUUCCCUCUAAUUAUUACGAUCAGGUGUUGUUACAUUACAUUUUAUUACAGAUACUUAUGACAGGGACAAUCAAUUACAGCAUUACUUAUCACAUAACUAAUUAACUACAACAUUUGCAGUAUUUGUAUUUCCAUCAAAUUUAAAUGUGAACCCUGCGAUUUUGUUUAUUUGCGUGCGUUUCAAAUUUUCAAUUUUAUCAUCUCUCCUUUAUUUGUUAUCGUAUGGAAUUUUUAAUUGAGUUGCUAUUGUAAUUCUUUCUGUUGUAAUCACGUCCCGAUGAAUUGUGCUAUGAUAGAAUGAAGUGUGAUGAAUUCUCGAUGUAAUCAGACGGGCCAUAAUUAUCCCUCAAGACGGUGUAAUUAAUUAUGCCAUAAUAUGUAAAGGUUUAAUUAAUUAAUUA